UUUUCUCCGUGUCGGCUCUACGCAAGAACUGAAACACGGCUGAUUGGCGUCAAAUUCAAUUCGUUGCCGUCUCAACGUUUUCCCCAAGUAUUCAUCAGUUUUUAGCAAUACAAAACACCAUUUUAAUCUCUUUGCUAAAAUACAAAAUCAAAUAUUCUUUUGGUUAUGAGAUUUUUGGAAGAAGAAUGAGAAUUGGGGCCGAUUUACUGAAAUGGCCUCUUCUUCUUCAUCUUCUCACUCUAACGAUUCUACACCGAGUCGGUCUCAACUCGGUGUCUGCGACAUGCGAAUUCAGUCUCACUGAUGGCAACACGUUCUACAACUACAGCUUGGCAUCUCCCAUCCCUAAAUUCCCCCACGGCGUCCUCAGCGAAGAUGGGUUUUACAAGGUGGCGGUAAAUCAGACUCUGCUCUGGUUUCAGCUUUGUGAUGUGAUGAUUUUUAACCACAAUCCGCCCACAUGCGUCGACUGCAGGGGUUGUGGGGGUCCAUCACGCUGUGGCAUGAAUUGUAGUGCACUUGUGGCCAACAAUAUAGGAGAUUAUCCUGUUUGCAGUACUCUUGGGUACGCCUCAAGCAUGAUUAUUGAUCUCAUUGAUAAAAACAAUCCCCAUAUGGGUGUCAUUGUUAAGAUGUCAUAUAUUGGCCCAAACCGCAACUGUUCACUCUCUGUAUCUGUUAUCUGUGAUUCAAAUGGAGUUCAAGAACCUCAGGCAUUGGAGAAAGUUGGAACUUGUGAUUAUGUUACGCUGCUAAGGCAUCCUUCUGGUUGUGCCAAUAUUGUUUCGAUUCAUGGAAAAGGAUGGGGCUGGUUUGGUACCUUCAUAAUCCUAAUCUUAUGCCUCUUUAUAGGGUAUCUACUGUUUGGUGCAGUUUAUCGUUUCUUCUUCCUUGGAGUUCGUGGUAUAGAUGCUGUUCCAAACUUGGAUUUUUGGGCCAGCUUGCCACAAAGAGCUCAGAGUUCAUUUAUGUCUUUAGUGCGGAAAUUUAGAGGACCUUCUCAAGGUUAUCGAAGCUCCUACUCUCCUGUGAACUUCUAAGCAAACAUCCUCUGUCCAAUUAAUGUUCAAUUAUCCCAGGUCUUGUGAGCGUUAUCCGAGCGAGUGCGAUUUUAUCUAAUUUUGUGGACAUUCGUCUUCAAUUAAUCAAAGCUGCUGCUUCAGUAAGAGUUUUGUAUUCUUUGCCACUGUUUUGUUGACAUACACCACCAUUCAGUGGGAACUUCUUCCCCUGGCAAUGGUAAUUAAUUGAUUGUUGUAAUCUCUGCUAAAAUGUCAGCUGCUGACAAAUUCUUUUUACGGCUCUGACAACCAUUCAAUCAUUCAUUAGACAUUUUUGUACUUCCUUAAAACCCAACUUCAGAAAUGCUAGACUAUGUAGUUUCAGGUUUCUUUGCUUGGACUACGAUGGAUAACAUUGAAAUAUAUAUGAUCUUGACCUA